GUUCGAAAGAGCUGCCGUGAAGAGAGGCGGCCGCGGCCGGGAUGGAGCUGCUGGGAGGAGCGGCGGAUGCAUCCGCCGGCUUGGGGGAGGAAGCGGCGGCCCUCGACGGUUCUUUCGAGGGGGCGGCUGCAGAAGCGGCGCCAGCCCGCAGGCUUGUGAGCCGGGAUGGGGCGACCCCGGACUUGGUCACGCUCUUUCGAGUAAGGGAACAAAUAAAACAACAUCUUAUGGAAUACAAUACAGCAAUUAAUGCAAGUGAAGAAAGCUUUCCAGAUCAAGUUAUAGAUGAAAAGGUAGUUGAGAGCUCAGUUGAAGAUUUGGAAAGAGAAAUGGAAGAGGUGAAGAUUUCAUACCAAAACAAAACACUGGCAUUGCAGAGGAUUCAAGUAACUGAAGCCCUCCGAGCCAAACUGAAGAAUGAUGAUGCUGAUGCCAAGUUGAUCUGGGACACCAUAAAGCACAUCAUGUUGCUGAGUACUGCCAUACUUAAAUCUCAGCAGAAAUCUCGUGAAUUGGAAGAAAAACUGAACAAGGUUAAACAGAGCAGACUAGCGCUAAAGAGAGCUGGGGAAUGUGCACUGGCACGAAUACAUGAAAAGAAGAGAAAACAGAAAGAGGAAUUAGAAAAUAUGCAAGUGGGAGAAAUGUUAACAAAGGCUAAUAGAAAUCUGCAACAGGAAAUUAAGAUGACUACACUGAUUCAAAAUAUUUUUCAGAAUCUUAUUAUUGGAAGUGGAGUCAACUGGGCAGAGGAUCCAGAUUUGAAGGCAAUUGUUCUGCAACUGGAGAAAAACGUGGCUGGAAUCUGAAGAAGCAGUACUACCAAUACUGUGUUUUGUGUAUUUUGUGUACUAGCAAUUGAACAAACUGUUAUAACAAAUCAGACAUUCUCCAACAGACUUUUGUGCCACUUUGUACUGAUGUAUACUUCAGGACUUUUAAAAAAGGAAGUUGUUUCUGUAAUGUCUGGUUAAAUUUUAGCUGACUAGAUUUAUGACCUAUAAAUUGUAUAAACUAUUGCAAAUGUCCACGGGGUGUUAGGAGUAGAGAAUGUUGUGAUUUCAGCCUUGUCUUCUUCUCUCCUGCUUUUCUAACUACUGGAAAGAGGCACCUUUUAGGCUUUUAUUAGGGCAAAGUCAGAACAGUACUUUUGCUGGAUUUUUUCUUCACUUCCUGCCAGAAAGGCAAAGUUUCAUAGAGGAGGGUUAUGGUGGUGGUUGCUUUGGCAAUUUGGCCAUCACUAUCAAUUAUUAUUCAUAAACACAUCUUUUAUGCACAAUUUAUUUCAAACUAGCAGUGUAAGAAACAGUUCAGUGUUUUGAUAAAACUUUGAUUAUAAUCAAUCUACCUUCAAUUGCUUUAGAAAUCCAUGUUCAGUAAUAUUGGACUUGCAUUUCAUUAUUCUGUGUAGAACUUGCUAUAAGUUAAAUUUCUAUUAUCAUUCAUCUUUGUGAAUAGAUGUAGGAGAAGAAAGUGAAUUUAGCAACAAGGCAUACAUAGCUUGAGUUCAUUUAUUGAUGUUAGUGUAAUUCACAUCCUUGGUCCUCUAA